AGAGGAAGAGGAGCUGAGACACAUACUGAGGAGGAGGAGACGGAGCUGAAGAGGAGCAUCAGCUGCCAGAUGAGCCAUCACUGACAGCCGCAGACCCGGCGCUAUGCUGGGCACCCGGAGCUAGGCGCGCGAGGCUCUACCGCGCGGCUCCACACAAUUCUUCUUUGGGUUGUUUUCUGACUUGUUUGGGCGUUUUUUUCACGGCCAUCAUGGUUCUGGGGAAAGUCCGGACCCUGUCGGUCUACUUUGAUAGCCUGAACGAGCACAACCUGCCGGCGUUCUCCGGAGGAGACCUGGUGUCCGGGCGGGUGGUGGUGGAGGUGACCGGGGAUGUGCGCGUGAAGCGCCUGGACAUAACCGCGCGGGGAGUCGCCAAGGUCCGGUGGACGGAGUCCCGGAACGCCGGAGCGAACACGGCUUACACCCAGAACUACACGGAGGAGGUGGAAUACCUGCACCACUACGACACCCUGAUUGGAGAGGAGAGAGAUGAGGACGGUCCAGAGGAGGGACUGACUGUUCUGCACACCGGCCUGCAUGAGUUCGCCUUCAGCUUCAACCUGCCUCAGAUGGCCCUGGCCACCUCCUUCGAGGGGAAGCACGGCAGCGUGAGGUACUGGGUGAAAGCCGAGCUGCACCGGCCCUGGCUGCUGCCCGUCAAAGCCAAGAAGGAGUUCAUCGUGUUCGAGCACAUCGACAUCAACACGCCACUGCUCCUGGCCCCCCAGGCUGGAACCAAGGAGAAGACUCUGUGCUGCUGGUUCUGCGCUUCGGGUCCGAUCUCCCUCAGUGCCAAAAUCGAGCGGAAGGGCUACACCCCAGGCGAGUCCAUCCAGAUCUCUGCCGAGGUGGAAAAUUGUUCGUCCCGCGUGGUAGUGCCCAAGGCAGCGCUGUACCAGACACAGACCUUCUUUGCAAAGGGGAAGGGGAAGCAGAUCCAGCAGCUGGUGUCCAACCUGCGAGGAGAGCCUCUGCAGCAGGGCAAGAGCCAGAGCUGGGAGGGAAAACUGCUCAAGAUCCCCCCGGUGUCCCCCUCCAUCCUGGACUGCCCCAUCAUCAGGGUGGAGUAUGCCCUCAUGGUGUACGUGGACAUUCCUGGCGGCUUGAACCUGUCGCUGUCGUUGCCGUUGGUGAUCGGGACCAUCCCCCUCCACGCCUGCUCCACCCGGACCUCCAGCAUCAGUAGCAACUGCAGCUCGGGGAGCUGGCUGGUGCUGGCAGAUAGGCCCGAAGCGCCACCGAGCUACAGCGAUCUGGCCAUAUCCGAGGCGCACAGACGGGACUGUCUGCAGGGCUGCGAUAGGUCGGACGGGGAGGAGUCGCCGUCGGUGCUGACGUACAUCACAGAGUUCAGAUAUCUGCCACCACCGCUCUACUCCGAGGUGGACCCAUACCCCGACACCGUGGAGGUCUCUGCAGACGUCCAGAGACCUGACAUGUGUCCGUCCCGCUGAGAGGAGCUUGGAGCCCAGAGACUUCCUCAGCAACCAGACUGUGUCACCAUGGCAACGGCAGGACCAGCCAGCUCAGAGAGCACGGCCCUGAUGGACCAGAACUAGAAUCCAGCUGGACCCAUCAAACACCCCAAACUCCAAAUGGGGCUUCGACUGUAACUUUGCACACGCUGUGAUGACGGUCUCCUGUCAGACACAUAUCAGACAACACGCCCCCUGGACGACACGCCGCCCCCCCGGACGACACGACGACACGCCCCCCUGGACAACAAACCUCCAGGCAACACGCUCCCCGGACAACAUGCCGCCAGGCGACACAUUCCAGGAGAUUUUGUCCAAUCACAAAAACUUUGUUGAACUCUAAACGGCACAUUGACGACAGGACAAAGCUGUCUUCAGUCAGACGAUGUUUUGAGCUGUGGACCUGAAGGUGGCGCCGUCACCAACCGGACUUCAGCUGGAACUGAUGAUGAUGACCACAUGUGUGUGUGUGUGUGUGUGUAAAUGAACAGGUGUACAGGUUCCAGUGUACGGAUGUCACACUGAAACCAGAUGAAUGUUUACAGAUAAAUUUCAGAUGCAGAAUGUUCCGACUUCUUCCAGCGAACGCUUCCGACUACCAAGUGCAAUAUUUUCUAUCUGAAUAUUCUCUCCUUCGUUUGCACUAGUUUCUUUUUCUGCUGUUCCAGUUCUCUGCAUUACGUUUAUUAUCCUCAUGAUCAACUUUUGAUAAAUAAAGUUUUAUUUUAUAAAUAAUAA